CGGGACGGACCGCGGCCUGGGCCCAGGCCGCAGCGGCUUAACAGUAGCCCCGGCGGCAGCGCCUCCCCGAAACGCGAGCACCACACUUGCUCGAGAGCCCGCACAGGUGUUGUGAAAGAAUGGCAGACGAUAUUGAUAUAGAAGCAAUGCUUGAGGCUCCUUAUAAGAAGGAUGAGAACAAGUUGAGCAGUGCUAACGGCCAUGAAGAGCGUAGCAAGAAGAGAAAAAAAAGCAAGAGUAGAAGUCGAAGUCAUGACCGAAAGAGGAGCAAAAGUAAGGAACGGAAACGAAGCAGAGACCGGGAAAGGAAAAAGAGCAAAAGCCGUGAACGGAAACGUAGCCGAAGCAAAGAACGAAGACGAAGUCGUUCUAGAAGUAGAGAACGCCGAUUCAGAGGCCGCUAUCGAAGUCCCUACUCCGGACCAAAAUUUAACAGUGCCAUCCGUGGAAAGAUUGGGUUGCCUCAUAGCAUCAAAUUAAGCAGACGCCGCUCAAGAAGCAAAAGUCCAUUCAGAAAAGACAAGAGCCCUGUGAGAGAACCUAUUGACAACCUUACUCCAGAGGAAAGAGAUGCUAGGACUGUGUUCUGCAUGCAGCUGGCAGCAAGAAUUAGACCAAGAGAUCUGGAGGAGUUUUUUUCUACUGUAGGAAAGGUCCGUGAUGUAAGAAUGAUUUCUGAUAGAAAUUCCAGAAGAUCCAAAGGAAUUGCUUAUGUAGAGUUUGUUGAUGUUAGCUCAGUGCCUCUAGCAAUAGGAUUAACUGGCCAGCGUGUCUUAGGAGUGCCUAUCAUUGUACAGGCCUCACAGGCAGAAAAGAAUAGAGCAGCAGCAAUGGCAAAUAACCUACAGAAAGGAAGUGCUGGACCCAUGAGGCUUUAUGUAGGAUCAUUACACUUUAACAUAACUGAAGAUAUGCUUCGUGGAAUCUUUGAGCCUUUUGGCAGGAUUGAAAGCAUCCAGCUGAUGAUGGAUAGUGAAACUGGUCGAUCUAAGGGAUAUGGAUUUAUUACGUUUUCAGAUUCAGAAUGUGCCAAAAAGGCAUUGGAACAAUUGAAUGGAUUUGAAUUAGCAGGCAGACCUAUGAAAGUUGGUCAUGUCACUGAGCGUACUGAUGCUUCCAGUGCCAGUUCAUUUUUGGAUAGUGAUGAACUGGAACGGACUGGAAUUGACUUGGGAACAACUGGUCGUCUCCAAUUAAUGGCAAGGCUUGCAGAAGGUACAGGUUUACAGAUUCCUCCAGCAGCACAACAGGCUCUGCAAAUGAGUGGAUCUUUAGCAUUUGGAGCUGUAGCAGAUUUACAAACCAGACUUUCCCAACAGAGUGAGGUUACAGCUCUAGCUGCAGCCGCUUCUGUGCAGCCUCUUGCAACACAGUGUUUCCAGCUUUCCAAUAUGUUUAACCCUCAAACGGAAGAUGAACUUGGCUGGGAUACAGAGAUUAAAGAUGAUGUAAUUGAAGAAUGUAACAAACAUGGAGGAGUCAUCCAUAUUUAUGUUGAUAAAAAUUCAGCUCAGGGCAAUGUGUAUGUGAAGUGCCCCUCAAUUGCUGCAGCCAUUGCGGCAGUAAAUGCAUUGCAUGGAAGAUGGUUUGCUGGUAAAAUGAUUACAGCUGCAUAUGUACCUCUUCCAACUUACCACAACCUUUUCCCUGAUUCCAUGACAGCAACACAACUACUGGUUCCCGUUCGACGAUGAAGGAGAAUUUAGUCCCUUAUGUACAUAGCUUUUUUUUUUUUUUUUAAAGAGGAUUCAAACCUGAGUUAUCUUUUAUUUAGGUAAAACAAAAGGAAAGGGUCUACUGUCAUUUGUAUGCAAUUCCUGUUACCUAGCCUGGAGGAGAGAAAGCUGUUAUAGCAGGAAUGCAGUGUGCUCAUUCUCCCUAACUAGCAAUUUCCACCGUAUACAAAGCUGUUUUCUUGUUCUGCCUUGUAAAUGUACAUUUAGAACAUUGACUAAGGUGAUCUGUAGGAAUUGAGAAAUAGCUUAGACAAAUGUACUUUCUGUAAAAGGCAGACAAGGAUGUAAUGACGUUUUUAAUGUUUCAGAAGCCUAACUUUUUAUGCAGCAGUUACAUUUUACAUUUCACUAAAUGAAUUUUGACACUUGGCUAAUGGUUUAACAGAAAUAUGGUUUCUGGAAUACCUAUUUAGUGUUCUGUAUAUGGGAAAUUCAGACAACUAAAUGAGUCCUGACUUUGGUCAGUAAUUCACCUUUCAUUAUGAUAAACAAUUGGCAAGAAAGGGAGAUUCAAAAAUUCAAUUUCUUGAUGGUAACUUUUCAAUUAAUGUAUCUGUAAAAGUUUCUUUGUAAAUAUUGUGUGUUCUGGUGUGUCUAAGGUUCCAAACAAAAUGAUCCCUGCAUUUCCUCAAAUGUACAGAUUAUAGUGUGGUAAGCAACACAGUCUGAGCAGGAAACAGGAAAUGCAGAAAUAGGUUUUGUCUGGUUGCAUAUAAUCUUUGCUCUUUUUAAGCUCUGUGAGCUCUGAAAUAUAUUUUUGGGUUACUUCAGUGUGUUUGACAAGACAGCUUGAUAUUUCUAUCAAACAAAUGACUUUCAUAUUGCAACAAUCUUUGUAAGAACCACUCAAAAUAAAAUUCUCUUUAAAAGGC